AUGAAGUCUUUCUCAAUCCUCGCAGGCCUGGUUGGUCUUGCAUCCGCCGGUGGCUGGAACGAGACCUGGACUCACACUGGAUCCUCCUCUUCUUCCUUGUCUUCUACUUCUGAGCUCAGCACCUCCUCAUCGGUGCCCGCCCACAAGCCUACCGGAUGGGUUGACUCGAGCUCGUCUGCUCCUGUUUACAAGCCUACUGGCUGGACCGAGCAAUCAAGCUCUGCUUCAUCUACUUCGCCCGUGAACGCAACUUCUACUCUCAUCACCUACACCACCACGACCGUCUGCCCUGCUACUAGCGUCGUUAACGGCCAUACAUCAAUCUACCUGACCACCUCGACCUUGACCGUGACCUCGUGCAAGGGUGGAUGCUCUAAGCCCACAGAGACUCCUUCAACCCAGAUUUGGGUUCACCCUACCAAGCCCGCAGAGAACGUGACCAGCACUGUCUACACCACAACUUCUCUGUGCCCCGUCACGACUGUCAAGCAAGGCCAAACUUUCACCUACACUAGCACUAGCACUUUUGUCGUUACCUCAUGCAAGGGUGGCUGCAAGCCUACUCAAUCCGUCCCGGACGUCACCAAGACCGAGGAAGUGUACACCACUACCACUGUCUGCCCUGUCACUCAGACCACUGUUAGCGAUGGCAAGACCUUCACCAAGACCUUCACCACCACUUCUACUCAAACUCUUACUUCUUGCAAGGGAGGCUGCUCCAAGUCGACUGUUGCACCUUCUUACAGCACUGUCGUUGCUCCUUACCCUGUCUGGAACGCAACAACCCAAGGACAUGCUGGACCUUCAGGUUUCGUUCCCUCUGGCUUCGUUCCCGUCCCCGUUCCUUCGACCAAGACAAUCUCCGAGAUCGUCAUCACCACCUUGACUACUUGCAGCUCGGGUCAAGUCAUCACCAUGGGUAGCUCAAAGACCACUCUGACAUCUCCUACCGUUUUGACCACUACAAUCAUCAGCCGCUCGACUGUCAGCAAGGAUGUCACUAUCACCGCCCCUACUCAAGGCGCAGUCGUCCCUACCCACCCCGUCUACAGCAACGGAACAAAGCCCGUCACUGUUACAAAGUACAGCACUACCGAGAUUAUCAAGCCCUGCACCGAGUGCCCUUCAGGAUCCAAGACCUUGACCACAUCUUUCCCUUAUGUUGUUGUCGAGACGCCCAAGUCUUCUCCCGUCUCUCCCGUCAGCUCUGGAAAGGUCACCAUCGUUGUGCCUGUUACUCAGUACACAACUACUUGCCCCUACACCACAACUGAUAUUCAUGGAUCGACCUCGGUCUUCAUGACUACCUCCGUCGUCUCUACACCCGUUGCACCCUCCGAAUCGCAUCCCGCCUCUUCGCCCGUUGCACCCGUGGAAUCUCACCCUGCCUCUACACCUCUUGCACCCGCGGAAUCGCACCCUGCCUCUUCGCCCGUCGCGCCCGUUCAGAGUUCCGCUGAGUCACACCCCGUUGUGCCUGUCCAGAGUGCACCCGCCACCACUCCUGCUGCCAGCUCACCCUCAAAGCCCACUGGUAACGUUGUCACUCAGAUCAGCGACGGUCAAAUUCAAGCUCCUGGCCCUUCAUCGGCCCCUCCCGCUGUCCCAGUCAGCUCCGGCUCUGCUGCUUCUUCUAUCGCAUCUGUUGUGAGCAGCUCUAUCCAGGUCAACAUCCCUAGCAGCACUCGCAGCAGCACCGCCUCUGCUACCACCACCCUGGCUGUCUCUACCGGUGCCGCUGGCAAGAACAACGUCAGCUUCAUGGCCGCCGUCGGUGCCAUGGCUGCCAUCUUCUUCUUCUAG